GCCGCGUCCCUCCGGCCCCGGCACCCGCAGCAGGCGCGGCCCCAGCGCGCUCCCCUCGCACCCGCCGAUCGCCAGCGGCGCCCACCACAGAAUGGGGAAACAAAAUAGCAAGCUGGCCCCUGAAGUGAUGGAGGAUCUGGUGAAGAGCACGGAGUUCAAUGAACAUGAGCUAAAACAGUGGUACAAAGGAUUUCUAAAGGACUGUCCGAGUGGUAGGCUGAACCUUGAGGAAUUUCAGCAGCUCUACGUAAAGUUCUUUCCCUACGGAGAUGCUUCGAAGUUUGCCCAGCACGCCUUCCGAACCUUCGAUAAGAACGGAGAUGGAACCAUCGACUUCAGAGAGUUCAUCUGCGCACUGUCCAUCACCUCAAGAGGCAGCUUUGAGCAAAAAUUAAACUGGGCCUUCAACAUGUAUGACUUGGAUGGUGACGGUAAAAUUACAAGAGUGGAAAUGCUGGAAAUUAUAGAGGCCAUCUACAAAAUGGUGGGCACUGUGAUAAUGAUGAAAAUGAACGAGGAUGGUCUGACGCCUGAGCAACGGGUAGACAAGAUCUUCAGUAAGAUGGAUAAGAACAAAGACGACCAGAUCACACUGGAUGAAUUUAAAGAAGCUGCAAAGAGUGAUCCUUCCAUCGUAUUACUCCUGCAGUGUGACAUUCAAAAAUGAGCUUGUGUACAAUGCAUCAUAGACUGCACAGAAGUUUAAAUGUUCCAUUCAGUUUGCAGCUAUUUCCACACACACACACAAAUUUGCUUGGACUACCUAUCAAUGGACUUGCUUCUUGUGUUUGAAACACUUGUGUGCAUGAGAAUGUCAUUUGCUAAAGAAUUUUAAAAGUAUAUAUUAUAAAAAUAAACUGCCACAACGUGACGUGUGCAAUGUCAUUUCAUAACAACCCUAUUCCUCUGAAGCCUGUGCAGCAGUCCUGUGCUGCAGUGAAUUAUAUUAUUUAUUGUUCAUGUUUUACUGAUGCUAGCUCUGUGUCUCCUAGACUGAGUAAUGUUAGUGACACUGAAUUCCCAUGGUAAUGUUAACUGUUUAUUAUAAAUCAUGUCACCAUUCUGCUGUAAAGUAGUACUGGACAGACAGAGGGGAAGAUGUCCUCAGUUCUCAAGUCUGAUCCACACAUGUGCUUGAAUUGUCAGUGGAUAUAAAUGUACUUCAUUUGCAUGCCUUUUAGGUUUGCCUUAAUUCUUACCUCAUUUGCAUCCCUUCAAUCUGGAAAGAGCUAUGUCAGAGGAAUGCAGUAUGAACACGCAAAUCCUGCUAAAAUGCUCCCUUUAAUUAGAAGCAUAUAUAAAUAUAUAUAUAUAAUGUUCAAAAUAUUGUUUUAUUGGAAGUUCAAAAGUUUUAUUGAAAGUGUAUUGAUC